AUGAACGCCAAGCUGGUGGCGGGCCACGAGCACCGGACGCCCUCGUCCGUCCACACGAUGUACCACAUGAUCCAGAAGGUGUUCCAGUCCAGCACCAGCGCCCACAGCCACUCGCUGAGCAUCUGCGUACAGCUUGUUUGGCGCGAAUUCUUCUACACCAUGUCGGUGCACAACCCGUACUUCGAUCUGAUGGAGCCGAACCCGGUGUGCCUCAACAUCGGCUGGCGGACGGACGAGCGUCAGCUGGAGCUGUGGGCCCACGGCCAGACCGGCUACCCGUUCAUCGACGCCGCCAUGCGCCAGCUGCGGCAGGAGGGCUGGAUCCACCACGUGGCCCGGAACGCCACCAGCUGCUUCCUGACGCGCGGCGACCUCUGGAUCAACUGGGAGCACGGACGGCAGAUGUUUGACGAGUACCUGCUGGGCGACUGGUCAGUGAACGCCGGCAACUGGAUGUGGGUCUCCUCCUCGUCGGCGUUCGAGAGUUCCUCGACUCGUCCGACAUCAUCUCGCCGGCGCUACGUGCCGGAGCUGCGCCGCAUGCCCACACAGUAA